AAAUAUCGUUGUAUAUUUCGUAAAAUCUUCCCUGUGGGAAGGGCUUGAAUUGCCCAUAUCGGACAAUUUUCCUGUCACAAAUCAGUUUUGCCGUCAUUUCGCUGUGUCUUUUCGUGCCCUGACAGCAGUUUCGCAUUUGGCGCAAAAGUCGUCAAAAGGGCGACAAUUUACAACCAAAAAAAGCCAUUAAGAAAAAAAAGCUUCUCUUUUUGCUCUUUGAAGUUCCCUUUGAUCGGUAAAUUACACCUGGAGCUAUUGGUUUUUGACGAAUUGCAUUUCAAGAAUUGAUCCAGUUGAUAUUAUAUUAAUUGAUAAAAUCGAACAGAGCGAUUGGUAUCAAUAUCAAGCGUAUCGUUAUUGGCUGCACACGUUGACUGCUUGUGUUUCGAAAUUUUCCCUUCCCCAUUGUUAACAGAUCAAGGCUUAUUCAGUGUUGACCAAAGACACGCAUAAGCAAGAGAGGCCACGCCACUAGUGAGAAAAAUAUUUGGGAUGAGCAUGCCGCUUGAAGACAAGAUGUCACAGAUGGAUAUCUCAUCUGAGGCUGGUGUUCUAAAGCUAUCCACAGAUCUUGGAGGCAUUAUCUGUCUCGUUGGUAACCCAGAGUCCCGUGAUGAUGACGCUGCUCUUGUACAGGUGCUGAACGAGAUAAAGGCGCUGAGCGAUUCAAAGAAUUAUGACGACGAAGUUUUGCCACUGUUAAGAAAAGUUGGUCCAUGGCUUACAACUCUCGACGAGUCAUGCCUCAUUGGUGAAGAUACGCGUCAAUUUAUCCGCGUUGUCUCGUUGCUUUGUGCAAAUGAUAAGAUCAACGAAUUGAUCAAAUCGGAAAUGACUCCGAAUAUCAUCGAUACGAUCUUGAAGGUGUACUUGAAGAUCUUAGACACCCUGAAAGAUUUAGGAAGCUUAUACUCGAACCUAUUAUCAAAUCUCUCUUUGAUAAGUCCAUUGCUCAUUACUAUUUCGUUCUCUUUUAAGAUGAAAUACGACAAGAGCGAUACAUUGACAAAAGUCCUCGCAUUGUUGUUCAUUUACCACCUAACCAUUGAUAGGCUAUUGGAAAAUGUUGUUAAGAUGUUCUCUGUUAAUUCUUCGACCAAUAUGGAUGUGUUUGAAGUGUUCAACAAGCUAUGGGAAAGAACUUUACAGUUGCCCACCACUACUGUACACGAUAUUAAACGUGCACCUGGUCCAAUAACUAUACUUAACAAAAUCCACCUUUUAAAGGACUUGGAAAUGUCAGCUGAUGUUAUUGAACAGGUUUUCCCAUAUCUACCAAAUGAAAUAUUGUUGGGAUGUUCAAAGCAAGUUUCCCCAAUAUAUUCGGCAUUGUUGUCUCUCAAGUCACUGAAAGGUGAUGUCUUUGCAUUAGAAAACUCCACUACAGAUAUAUCCUUGUUGCUGUCAAACUUGAUCACAUCACUAAACAGUGACCUAGCUUGUGAACUGAUGCUGCUAUUGGCUGAUGUUCUAGAUGUUUCUGAUUCAUUGCUAGAACUGGAUCAAGGUCCCUUUGGUGAUGUUGUGAAGUACAUCAUUUUCAAGAUUUCAUCGACUUUGGACCUGAAGAACCCUCUGCUAAACACGAAACUUCUAUCAAGAAUCAUGAAUACAGAAUUCUUGGGUGCACUGCAUGAAUCUAUCUACGCCAGAUACAAAGUCAUAUUUGAACUAAUCGAUCACAAUUACAAGAUUGACUUCACUCAGGACUUUCAAAUGGCAAUUUUGUUAGAGAGGUCACUCUCAUCUAUCGAUUCACGUUUUGAAUUGGUUGAAGACCAUCACGUUGUAUCUGAAUAUGGCUCCAUCUUUUCAAUCGACUCUCUAUUCUUAUACUCAAACUUCAUUAUCAACAAAUCAAUUUUACAAUUUGUUAAUCCAAACAAACAGUUACCUCAAACUUUUAUGGACUAUAUGAACUUGAAAAGGUUUGCACCAUUACCAAGAUCAAACUUUACAGAUAUCCAUUUAGACGGUAUUCCAACUUCACAGAUUAACGCUAAUAACGUUUACAGGCUAAUCAAUGGUUCGUUACUCUGUCUUUCAAUUCAAAGGAAAAUCCUCCAGCAGUAUAUGGUUGCAAAUGAAGAUCUCAACUUGAAGGUUAAUUUUGACGGCAAUCACGUUGGGUUAAGUUACCGUUGUAUGGAUAAAGCAAUGAAAUUGUGUUUCACAUCGCUAUUCACUUCAUUGAUGAUAUCUACUGAGCUGAAACACUCUGGUGUCUUUAACCCUGAAUACACUUCUGCAGCAAAGAUACUAAAGCUGAAGGUGUUUGGAAUUUUCCAAGAUUUAUUCCAGUUGUAUGGAAGCUUCGCAUUUUAUCUCCUGCUUAAAUUUAUUACAGAGGCAAGUAAUCAUGAUCUGGAGCUACACGCAAUAUCAAUUGGACUAUUGAACCAUAUAAUAUUCCAUUCUGAUAAUGGAUUGGAAGAGCAGAUUCAAGAGAGUAGGUUGAUCACACUGUUGCUCACCAGUCUGGUCAAGAAGUGGGACGAUGGAAGUGACAGGUAUCGGAAACUUGCCCGUUUAAUGGGCUUACCUCGUGUGGAAAUGGUCAAAGUGAAAUUUGACAAGAUUACGCUGUUGAAAGAACUUGGAUUCUCUGAACAAGAUUUGAUUCGUGCUCAAACUCCAACUACCAGUACUUCCAGUACACAUUCUCUCAGCUUCAACAUUUGUGAUAUGGGGCAAGAUCUCACUAAUAUUAAUAACAUCAACAUGACACCUAUGAACAAGUUCUCACCAGCAUCACAAUCUUUCCCUUUCAGUUCCACUUCCCAAAACUUUGGUGAAUUUGACAUUCCACAAUACGGUUACAAUAGCAACCGUGCUACGGAUCAUAACUACAAAGCUGGUAAUUUGAACAAUGUCAUCUCAUUUGUUCCUCAACAGUCACUUGAGGGAACCACUGGAUUUCACAUGCAAUUCCCACAGCAACCAUUACAGCAUCAACCGAUGGGUUUCUACCAACCAAUGUAAGGCCUAUUUAUACUGUUGUCCUCACAGUUUGCUGAUUAUUACUGGCUUUGCUAUACACGUUUUGUUUUUCAUUCUUUAUUCUUGGUUUUGUUCGUUUUCUUGAUAUUCCUUCUCUUCCUGUUGUUCUUGUUUCCGUUCUCGUCCUUUGUUUCAACCAUCUCUAUCCGUAUUUCCUACCAAGGAUUUCCACAA